AUGGCCUGGGCCACCAGCCGCCCCCGGGGCGCCAGGGCCAAGGGCGUCAUGCCUUCACACUACCACGAGAGCUUUCUGGAGAAGCAAGAGUCCAGCAGCCAGGAGUACAGGAAGUUCUGGGCAGGCCUCCUGGGCUGUGACAUCUUCUUCUAUCCCAGUAACAGGGACUUCCAGCCCGUGGAGAAGCUGGACCUUCGAAGGUUCGUGAAGUUCACAGAUGCGAGACCUCCAGGUGAGCAUGCCACCUGCUUCAGCCUGGUCCUCCACAACCAGGAGGUCAAGUUCAAGGCAGAGAGCGUCGAGUCCCGAGAAGUGUGGAAAGGAUUCAUUCUCACCGUGGUGGAGCUCCGCGUCCCGUCCGCCCUGACGCUGCUGCCCGGGCACCUGCACAUGAUGGCUGCCGUCCUGGCCCAGGAGGAGGCGCGCCGCGCGCUCCAGGUGCCCUCGUGCUUCCUCCAGGUGAGCCGGCUGGAGGCGCAGUUGCUGCUGGAGCGACACCCGGAGUGCGGGAACCUGCUGCUGCGGCCGGGCGGGGCGGGCGGCGUGUCGGUCAGCACGCGGCAGAAGCUGGGGGGGACGCCAGUGGUCAAACACUUCAAGGUGAAGCGCCAGGGCCCCCAGUACAUCAUCGACAUGGAGGAGCCGUUCUCCUGCACCUCACUGGAUGCCGUGGUCAACUACUUCGUGUCACGCACCAACAGGACCCUGGUGCCCUUUCUGCUGGACGAGAGCUACGAGAAGGUGCUAGGCUACAUGGAAGCCGAUAAAGAAAAUGGGGAGAGAGUGUGGGUGGCGUCUGGGGCCCCGGGGUCAGGUCCUUCACAGCCUGCGGGCGGGCCCAAGAAACCACCUCCUCCAUCGAUCCCUGUGCCCAGCAGGGCCAAGCCGCCCUUGCCUCUGCCCCCACGGCCCAGCCAGGAGGACCACUACCUCACACUCACAGAUGAGACCCCAGCCGCGGACUACGUCAACCAGCAAGUGUCUGCCUCCACCCACCCAGCGCUCCCGAAGCCCCAGCAGCGGGGGGAGAGGCCAGGCCAGCCCCCAAAGCCACCCACUGCGCCCAAGCCAGUCCUGCACGGUGGUGGACUGGCCAGGAAGGCGGCAGCCUGGUCAGUCCCGACGGCCAGCCUGGUCCCCGCCUCCAUCACAGGGCUGGGAUACGUGACCGCCGAGCUGGAAGAGAAGCUGAGAAAGCGGCGGGCGCUGGAGAACUGA